AUGUCUUCGGCAAGUCUCUAUGCUGAUGUACAUCGGAAUCAUCAAGGAGCGGGAGACGCCCGACCAACCGCCCUCCAGAUCAUUAAAGAUGAGGUCGUUGGAUGCAAGCUCACCGGCAAGGUCAUUGUCAUCACAGGCGCUACCUCAAGCAUCUUCUUCGAAACAGCCAGUGCCCUGUCAGCUAUCAGAGCCACCCUUCUCCUCACAGCUCGCAACCUGGAAAAGGCCGAAAACAGCCGCCUGAACAGUUUAAACCUUUCUGGUAACUGA